CAGCAUUCAUAUAAAAUGCAAAUUUCUCUGUAUUUAACAUUUAGCUGACCUAUAAGCUGGUGUGUUUGUGUUUUCUUUUCAAUCCGUGCUCCGUCUCUAUGUAAUGAAAGUGGAAAGUUUACUAACUUUAUAAGGACUUUUGACUUUCUUGAAUCGAAUCAAAGAUGCACCAUUCUGUUUUAAGUGUUAGCAUUCUAUCCGGUUUCGUUUGUAUUUGUGCGUGUAUUCACGUCGUCUUCGACCUUAAUGGAUGGAAGGCAGUGCGACUUGACAACAAAAAGGUUGUUGAUUCAAUGAUACAAGCCGCUGAUCACAUUGGGGGAACAUUGAAAGAACCUGUGACUGCCUUUGAAUGGAUCAAAGAUACGACAGUUUGGGAUUUAUACCGAGUGUCAUUCAAAGCUAUAUUUCCACAGGAAAAAGGAUAUGAAUGUCAUGCAGAUGUGCUUUGGAUGCAUAAUCCAGCCAACCUAACAGUGUUUAAUACAGAAUGCAUGGCGAUAACUUUAAACAGGGAUUUAUACGGCGGUGUACGUAAGGGCACCAAAUGAAAAAUAGUCAUAGAUAUUUUUUUUUACUUUUGCAAAAUAAGUGCAUUCCACCGUUGCAAAGUUAUAGACAGUUUACUGUAAAAGUCGUGAAAGACGAAUGGCAAACAAAAAAUUAAAUCAUUGUGUAGGUAUAAAAUAAAUGUAACAAAACUCA